AUGUCGGACUUUGAGGAUGAGAUGGACGUCGACCCCGCGCCGUCCAAGGACGUGACGUUUUCCGCCGAGGCGACCAAGGGCAAGCGAAGCGCCGCCAACCUCCCGGUGGAGGCAGAAGACAGCCUGCCAUGGGUCGAAAAGUACCGGCCAGUCUCGCUCGACGACGUCUCGGGCCACCAGGACAUCCUCGCCACCAUCAACAAGUUCGUCGAGUCGAAUCGGCUCCCCCACCUGCUCCUCUACGGCCCGCCGGGAACAGGCAAGACGUCCACGAUUCUCGCGCUGGCGCGGCGCAUCUACGGCGCCUCCAACAUGCGGCAGAUGGUGCUGGAGCUCAACGCCUCGGACGACCGCGGCAUCGACGUGGUGCGCGAGCAGAUCAAGACGUUUGCGAGCACCAAGCAGAUCUUUUCCAUGGGCAGCGGCGGUGCUGGAGCGGCCAACAAGGGCGGCGGCGGCAGCGGCUCGAUAGCCGGCUUCAAGCUCAUCAUCCUGGACGAGGCCGACGCCAUGACCAACACGGCGCAGAUGGCGCUGCGGCGCAUCAUGGAAAAGUACACGGUCAACACGCGGUUCUGCAUCAUCGCAAACUACUCGCACAAGCUGAGCCCCGCGCUGCUGAGCCGGUGCACGCGCUUCAGGUUCAGCCCGCUCAAGGAGGGCGACAUUCGCGUGCUGGUGGAGAAGGUGGUGGAGGAGGAGAACGUGCAGAUUGGCGCAGAGGCCGUCGACGCGCUCGUCAGGCUCAGCAAGGGAGACAUGAGGCGGGCCCUCAACGUCCUGCAGGCCUGCCACGCCUCGAGUACGCCGCUACGACCAAAGGGCGCGCCCAAGGUCCCCGAAAGCGAGAUACAGCGCGAAAUGAUCACGACGGAGACGAUAUACAACUGCAUCGCGGCGCCCCCGCCCGACGCCAUAAAGGAGAUUGUGACGACGCUGCUCAACACGUCGGACGUAACGAGCUGCCUCAACACGGUCAACGCGCUCAAGGCGACGAGGGGGCUAGCGCUGGCGGACAUCAUCACGGCGCUGUCAGAGGAGCUGUCGAAGCUGGAGGUGAGCCCAGAGGUCAUGAUUUCAUGGCUAGAUGGGCUGGCGGACAUCGAGCAUAGGGUGGCAGGCGGCGGCAGCGAGACGGUGCAGACGGGGGCGGUGGUCGGGGUCGUGAGGGGUGGAGUCGAGCUGAUGAGCAGGUAG